CCGCGUGGGCGGGAGGGUUGUCGGUUCCUGUAUUCACGAUUUUCUUUUUGGGAGGGCUGGUGUGUUGCCGCAGCAGUCCUCCGCACGCGGCUGUAGAAAAUGGUGAAAGAAACUACUUACUAUGAUGUUUUGGGGGUCAAACCCAAUGCCACCCAGGAAGAAUUGAAAAAGGCUUACAGGAAAUUGGCUUUGAAGUACCACCCUGACAAGAAUCCAAAUGAAGGAGAGAAGGCAAGUGAUGUACUCCUACUUUUUUUUUUUCUUACGUGUUCAGUCUUAAAUGUAGCUGUGUAAUUCUUUGCCAGGUAUAUACUAUUUCCAUUGCAGUCUGACAAUGAGUAUGUGUAAUACAGUGAUUGUUUUUGCAACACUUUUUUUCUGAAGGGAAAUUUUCUUUCUCAAACAGUUUAAACAGAUUUCUCAAGCUUAUGAAGUGCUCUCUGAUGCGAAGAAAAGGGAAUUAUAUGACAAAGGAGGAGAACAGGCAAUUAAAGAAGGUGGAGCAGGUGGUGGUUUUGGCUCCCCCAUGGACAUCUUUGAUAUGUUUUUUGGAGGAGGAGGAAGGAUGCAGAGAGAGAGGAGAGGUAAAAAUGUUGUGCAUCAGCUCUCUGUAACCUUAGAAGAUUUAUAUAAUGGUGCAACAAGAAAACUAGCUCUGCAAAAGAAUGUGAUUUGCGACAAAUGUGAAGGCCGAGGUGGUAAGAAAGGAGCGGUAGAAUGUUGUCCCAAUUGCCGAGGUACUGGAAUGCAAAUAAGAAUUCAUCAGAUAGGACCUGGAAUGGUUCAGCAAAUUCAAUCUGUGUGCAUGGAGUGCCAGGGCCAUGGGGAACGGAUCAGUCCUAAAGAUAGAUGUAAAAGCUGCAAUGGAAGGAAGAUAGUUCGAGAAAAGAAGAUUCUAGAAGUUCAUAUUGACAAAGGCAUGAAAGAUGGCCAGAAGAUAACAUUCCAUGGUGAAGGAGACCAAGAACCUGGACUGGAACCAGGAGAUAUUAUCAUUGUUUUAGAUCAGAAGGACCAUGCUGUUUUUACUAGGCGAGGAGAGGAUCUUUUCAUGUGUAUGGACAUACAGCUGGUUGAAGCACUGUGCGGCUUUCAAAAGCCAAUAUCUACUCUAGACAACAGAACCAUUGUCAUUACCUCUCAUCCAGGUCAGAUUGUCAAGCAUGGAGAUAUCAAGUGUGUGCUGAAUGAAGGCAUGCCAAUUUAUCGUAGACCAUACGAAAAGGGUCGCCUAAUCAUCGAAUUUAAGGUAAACUUCCCUGAGAAUGGCUUUCUCUCUCCUGAUAAACUGUCUUUGCUGGAAAAGCUCCUACCUGAGAGGAAGGAAGUAGAAGAGACUGAUGAAAUGGACCAGGUAGAACUGGUGGACUUUGAUCCAAAUCAGGAAAGAAGGCGCCAUUACAAUGGAGAAGCAUAUGAGGAUGAUGAACAUCACCCUAGGGGAGGUGUUCAGUGUCAGACCUCUUAAUGGGGCCAGUGAAGAACACUGCUGGCAUUUUAUAUGCAGUAGUGAACGAAUGAAGGACUAUAAUCAUAGCUCACUACUUGCUAUUAUUGUUUUUGUUUUAAUAUUCAACUAUAGUAGUGUUUUAAAAGUUAAAUGAAGAAUAAAAAAUAUAAAAGCUCUGACUUUGCCCUGUAUGUAUGAUGAAUUCAGUGUGCAAGAUAAGUUUAAUACUUGUAAAAACUACUUUUAAAAAAAUCUCCCCUGGCAUUUGUUAGAGGCCCGACCUUGUAAUUGAUUUCAGCUCUAUGUACAUGAACUAGUUUAGACUGAAAAUGCUAGGUAAAUGUAUUGACUUCAGUGUAUGACCCUUAAUUGUUAAGCUAUGAAGUUAAAACUUGUUUAAUUGGCAAUCAGAAAAAGAAUUUGUAGACAAGUGUUGGUCUGUAGUUCUAUUAAGUGGGAUUCAUUGUGAUGCUUCUGCAUUUAUUCUGUUGCCUCAACUGUUACUUAAAGAUGGCAUGCUGUGUAAUUUGGCCUGUGGUAUCAGUGGUGGAAAGGAUACCUUUCUAAAGAAGGGGUUUGUCAUAAUCUGCUGUUUGAGGACUUGCACUUGUAGAAUUGCAUUCCCUUCUGCUGUGCCAUCUUUUUUUUUUAAUAUAUAUAUAUUUAACAUAUAUAUACACACACACACACACACACACACACACACACACACCAGUCCUGGUUACACUUUUUUUCCUUCUCUUUGGACCAUGAUAAGCUUCAGAGUAGUGACUUCGGGAGCAGGGUAACUUAGAGUGAAGAGAUAUUUACACAGAAAAGUAAAUUUGCAUGUGUGAGCUAGGAAGGUGUUUUAGGUUUGUUACAGGCUUACUUUAAACAAUUUAACUUACGCUCCGAAGUAACUGUAAUUUAAUGUUGGUAGUAUAGCAAAUUAUGAUGAAUAGCUUUAAUUGUAUGUUUAAAAGUCAUGUUCACAAGCUUAAAUCUGGAUAUCAGAAUUAAGCAAUUCUUGAAAUGUAUGAAUGUCUCCUUAAUAUACUGAUUACAAAGCA